ACAUCCGUAGCCGAUUGUUACAGGUAUAUUUAAUUGAACAAUAAAGCUGACUACUAUAUUUGAUAGCGAUAAUAUAUAUUAUUAUGUAUCGUAUUGUACUCUUCACUCAUGUUACAAUUACAUGUUGGUGGGUGAUGCACCAACAAGCUAACGUUAGCUAGCCAUCUAGCUAGUAUCAACACAACAAAUAACGAUAGUUAGCGAGCUAAUUUCAGACUAAAUGGUUUGGUGUGUGAGACCAGAAUAUUCGCUCUGUUCCUCGCAUAGAUGGUAGAUAUGAUAUCAUUGUUAAUAGCCAGCUAACCUUUCGAAAUUAAAGGAUUUAGUUAGCUACAUAACUAACGUUGUUUUGUUCUUCAAACACCACUCGACCACACCGAGGAUCCCAAUGUCAAUGAUGAAUUACGCGGAAAAGUCCGAAGAUAUUACUAAAGAUGAAUGGAUGGACAAACUGAACAAUGUACACAUACAGAGGGCGGACAUGAACCGGCUCAUUAUGAAUUACCUUGUGACAGAGGGGUUUAAAGAGGCAGCCGAAAAGUUUCGGAUGGAGUCUGGGAUCGAGCCCAGUGUGGACCUGGACUCUCUAGAUGAGAGAAUAAAGAUUAGAGAGCUGAUCCUGAAGGGACAGAUACAGGAGGCCAUCGCACUCAUCAACAGCUUACACCCAGAGCUGCUUGACACUAAGCGCUACCUGUACUUUCACCUGCAGCAACAGCACUUGAUUGAGUUAAUCAGGCUGCAGGAGACAGAGUCUGCAUUGGAGUUUGCCCAGACACAGCUGGCAGAGCAGGGGGAGGAGAGCCGUGAGUGCCUGACAGAGAUGGAGAGGACGCUGGCUCUUCUUGCCUUCGACAACCCAGAAGAGUCGCCCUUUGGAGACCUGCUUAACAUGAUGCAGCGACAGAAGGUGUGGAGUGAGGUGAACCAGGCUGUGCUGGACUAUGAGAACAGGGAGUCCACACCCAAACUGGCCAAGCUACUCAAGCUGCUGUUAUGGGCUCAGAACGAGCUGGACCAGAAGAAAGUCAAAUACCCCAAAAUGACAGACCUCAGCAAAGGCACUAUUGAGGAUCCCAAGUGAAAUGAACAAGCAGUGACAUGGACUACCACACUUUCUCCUAUUUAUAAGCAGUCAACGACUGGAUGAUAACGUAAUAAUAACAUAUAUUAUAUACCAAUAUAAAUACUUUUUUCAUGUUGCAUAUAUGAGAGGACUUAAUUGAUUGUGCAAACAGUAUAUGGCUGUAUUUUAAAAAGUGAUAACUGCUAUGAUGAUAUAAACAUUCAACAGAGUACCCACAUUUAUAGACAUUUUGAAAGACAAAUUUAAAUUGCUGGUUUCUAUUUGAUUACCUGAAAAAUAAGUAUUAUUCACUUUUACUUGAGUAUCAUGGUGAGUUCUGAGUAUAAUUUUGUUUUAUUUGUUUUAAAGCCACUGGGUUGCCACGUUGAGUUUGGGAGUUAUGAUUUUAUACAUAUAAGGUAGAGUUUUAGACUAAAUUAGGCUCGUGUAAAGGAAAGAGAGGAAUAGGCUAUACGCCACUUUUUCUAGAUAAAGGGUUUGGAUUAAGUGGAAACUGUGUUACCCAGCCUUUUAUCUACUGUAGGUUAUAACCGGUCUUCUGGUAUUAACCUGUCUACUGCUGAAUGAAAUUAUUUCUUACAUGGAAAUACGGGUUUCUUUUAAAUGGUUGGUUGAGUUUACAUUCCCUUCUGUCUUUGAAAGACACAUGGAGCUCUGCCUUGUUUUGUUGAUUGAAAAGUUGUAGAUGGUGGAAACCUUGACCUUUCACAGUAGAAGGGCUGUACUUAUUUCUCUCCUACGGGAGUAGAGAGAAGUUCGGUACACAUGACCAGUUUGCUAUUGAGAGUUAGUUACCAGUUAGAAUUUGUACAUUUACUGCCCAGAUGCAUGUAGUGUAAUGUUGUUGAAUUGGUUAAGGUCAUUACAGAAGCACUCACGCCUUGUUUAUGUUAUGUGGGAGUUGAAAUAUUUGUUUAUUUUGUACCUGCUGCUAAAUGUCCAGUCUUCAUUUCAUACAACUUUUUAUUGUACUGUAAGACAAUGUGAUCAUAGAGACUACAGAUAACUCCCCUCUUAUUAUUGGACGUUUUUUGAGGUAAUAUUUGCAGAUAUGGAAAUAAACAAUUAUUUUGAGUG